AUGACAAAGCUAUUGGAAUGGUUAACUGUGAGUGCAGUGCUCUCACUUAUAUGGGCAGCUCUGGUCACGGAUUCAUUGUCAUUUCAAGUGUCUGAUCAAAUUAAAGAUGUCUUAAUGCCAAUUACAAUACUGCAAUCACUCACAUACAUUUCACCUUACACUACAAUUAAUAAUGAUAAUGUAACUGCCGCGAAUGAUAGAAUACGAGUAACUGCCUAUUUACCUAUUGAUUGUCUUCGCUGUAAGUAUGCUGUAGAUAUUCUCGUACGUACGUGCUAUUCUUUAGCUUCUGUCGGCUAUGGCGUAAUGACUUUUAAUGAUUGUAUUGAAGCCCAUAAUUCCCUGAAAAUGGAAGUUUCCGAAGCAAUAGAUGACCUAAAGAAAAAAGGCCUGACUAUGUAA